AUUGUUUGUAUUUGAAUGAGUAAAGAUUUUUUUUUUUAGUUAGAGUAAAAUUUAUAGCUGAAAGUAAGGCAUUCUAUGAAGGACAUCAGCAACACUUCAUUUUUCCAUUGUAAGCGUUAAAUGCAUUAUAUUUUGACAGCUGCUGUAGCUCGAAGAACGUCGUUGCGGUUUAGAAUAGGUAAAUAAUAGAUCUGUAUAUAAUCUUACGCUAUGGAAAGGAAUGUGUUAAGUGCAUUUAUUCAAGCAUCGGAAAAAGCAGCUAAUAUAGCAAGAGCAUGUCGACAGAAUGCACAUUUAUUUGAGCUCCUUGUGCAAGAGAAGGUAGAUGACGAGAAAAACCCUAGAUUUGUACACGAUUUCAAGACUCUGGCUGACGUUCUGAUACAAGAAACAAUAAAACAUGAUAUCGGCGAACAGUUUCCGGAAUUAGCGCAGCAUAUAAAGGGAGAAGAGAGUAAUAAAUUUCAAAACACUCUGGGUGAAAGUAUAACGGUUGAAGUAAAAGCUGACAAAGAUUCUACAGCAGCGCUGUUGAGUAAGGUUCUGAAUGGGGACACAGUGGCUGCAGGUUUGCUCGCUGACGAAGUUCAUAAGGUGGUGCCACUGGAGGACGUGAACCUCGCCAACUCCACACUGCCUCACAAAGUUGAGCUGCCUGUCGAGCAUUUGGGUGUCUGGAUAGACCCUAUUGAUGCGACUUCUGAAUACAUCAGGGGCAAGGAGACCCCAUCGACCAUUAAUGGUUUGUACUGUGGUGGCUUGCAGUGCGUCACCGUUCUCUUGGGAGUGUUCGACAGGUCGACCGGUUGUCCAGUGAUGGGUGUUGUAAACCAGCCUUUCUUCAUUCAUGAUGAUGACAGGUGGAUCGGAAGAUGUAUGUGGGGGAUAAGUCACAAUGAUACAAAUCUAAACUGCAUUCCCAAACCAGAUUUAUCACCUAAGGAAAAGGUGGUCCUGGUAGGCUCCGGCGAGUCGGAGGAGCUGCGAGAGAAGCUGCGAGCGUCGGGGGCAGUGGUGGUACGCGGUGUGGCAGGUGCGGGCCACAAACUGGUGGGUGUGGCGUUGGGGCUGGCGGACGCAUACGUGCUGACGCGGCCCACCACCUUCCUGUGGGACACGUGUGGGCCGCACGCGCUGCUCCUCUCGCAGGGCGGCGGUGUCGCCAGCUGUGCCAAUCCGGGCAUGCAGCUCAUCUACACUGGGAAUGUUGGCACCUGCAACGAGGGUGGCAUCGUCGCGUACCGUGACCGCACCUUCCUGGAGGCUCUGCUUGACCGUGAGCUGCAGGAGUCGGUCCUGCCGCUCGACCCGCAGGCAUCUGGCGACCCACAGGCAUCUGGCGAUCCACCCCAGUGAGACCCUGUGACACCUCGGAAAGUUCUGUCUGGCGACUGCGGACAGUUACAUUUUUCCCGCCAUUUUAAUGUCAUUAUUCCAAAAGUGAAUGAAGUUGUUUCACAGACUACAGUGGAGUCUGCUGUGACAGCAGAUGAAAAUUAUAUGCCUUAAUACAAUUUUAACUGUUGUCUACUCCCGAAUGCAUUACAAUCCCUGGUGAUACAGUCUGCCCCUUUGGCCAGAUCUCGUAUGCCUCACUGCCGAGUGAAAAGUGUUUUAGAGAUGGUGAACUGGAGGUGAUGCAUUUGCAAACGUACCUGUAUUUAUAAAGAUUCAAAUUGAUGAUCU